GCCAGUGUGACUACAUUUGGAGCGACAGUCCGGUGGGGAGGGUCCGCCGUCUGAAGGGCAGCGGCACCACUCCUGCGGCGCAGUACAUGAGCAAUGUCUCACCCACCAAGGAACAACAUUGUCUGCAACCUCUGAUUGGUUGGCUCUCAGCAAAGAAAGUCAAUAGGUCCAAUGGAAUCUGAAUCGCCAUUUCACUGGAGAAAAGUUUGACUCUGUUUUGUUAAAAAGUGGAAAAAAAGCAACCCAUCUGUUUUUAUAUGCUUUUUGAAUAACUCGAGGCGAAGAGAGUCAACUGAAUCAUCCUGAGGGACAUGGACACCAUGGAGAGCCUAGUCCUGGAGCCCAGAUCAGAGCGGAUCGCUCGCUACAAAGCAGAGAGGAGGCGAGAACUGGCUGAGCGCUUCGGCAACCUGGAGGAGCUACCUACCAAGUGGGUGAGGAGGGAUGGGAAAGAGGUCCACGACCCAGAGACCCACAACCAGAGAGGGACUUUAGACUCAGAUGGCCUCAGUGAAAGAGUUAACGGUAGGACGCGCAGGGUUACUAACGGAAUAGAGGAGUCCAACCACUUGAAGAGGCAGGGUUCCCCGGGCUCUGCCAGCAUGCUGGGUGGGGAGGGGCACCCCGUCCCUGUUGGACUCGAUGCCCCGCAGCUCCACACUUGGGUGUCGGUGGGCCAGUUGAGAAGUUCUCUUCUGCAGCAGACUGGGAACGGAGCGCAGAAAGUUUGCCCUGACGCUGGGCGGUCCACUUCCUCUUUGGAUCUGGCUGUAAAGCCUGGCUCUGAGGGGGGGCGGCGACGCACCCGGCGUUACCUCCCCAGCGGGUCAGGUGGGGGUCGCAAGACCAGCGAGCGCUUCAGGACACAGCCGAUCACAGCCAAUGAGAUGGAGGAGAGCAGCGGGGGGUUGGACGCAGAGGAAGAGGAGAAUUGCAAAGCUGAUGUGAAAACAGAUGACAGAGCCAAAAUGAGUGUGGCAGCCAAGAUGUCUUUGUUUAAAGAGCUGGAGAAAUCAGCUGCCCCCGAGGCCUCUGCCUUCCUGAAGCCCCGCUCAGGCAGCGUCUCUCAUGAGCGCAGGACGCGCCGUGGCAAUGAUCAUCGCUUCCUUACUCAGCCAAUCACCUGUGAGGAAAUCGGGGCAAUCAGCGCCCCCAAACCAGCCCCCCCAGUGGAGCCCCAGUCUGCGCCGGCUGAGGCGGUGGAGGAUGCUGAUGAGAGCUCCAAGCUGAGCAUGAGUGAGAAGCUGGCACUCUUCAACAAACUGUCCCUCACAGGGAAGCAGGAGGGCGGCCCCGCUGACGGGCCCCCAGAGAGACGGAGGCAGAAGGGGGCCAGGUACCGCACACAGCCCAUCACUGUGGAGGAGGUCAGCCUGCUCCAGAAAGGCCCCAUUCAGCUUCCUGCCUUCUCUUUGUCCCCUCAUCUGUCCGACAGACAGCAGGACUCGUCUGUCAAUCUGAAACCCAGUGAGAUACGCCUCUCCCAGCCAAGACCUGACUCCGGUCCCGUGUCUGGAGAGGGUCUGCAGCGGCACGACUCUGAGCCCGUCCUGAGAGGAAUCCUGAAGAAGAGCUGCUCCGGAGGCGCCGAGUGGAGCAGGGCGACCUGCCAUGAACAGAAUGGUGGAGGUUGUGAAGAUGCAGGAACACAAGGGAGGAUGGAGAGCACAGAGCGGCAGGAAGUGCCUGCAGCCCCACGGAGAGAGAGGCGCCAGGCUCCAGGUGUGGAGGGGGGCUCGCUGCCUGCCGCUCCCUGGAGGCAUAGGGCUCGCACCAGAAGGGAAACCAUUGCCUGUACACCGAUAAGAGCCGUGCCAGAGCAGGACGCUGCGCAGGGGGAGAGGGGGGGCCAGACAGAGCUGCAGGAGCAGCUGCUCUCCUCUGUGGAGCACCGGUCAGAUACUACUGGGAGAGUUCAGCAGCAGAAUGAGGAGAAGAGUGAGAGGAGGAUGAAUGAAGAAACCCCAGCCGUGGGACAUGUUGAGGUCACACUGCUAGAUGGCAACAGUAACCUGCAGGAGUCCACCAGCACCAGCAGAAGAAAGGAAGAGACAGAACACCUUCAUGUGGACGGUGUCACCCCUCAGUGCUGGGAUCCCGUCUUUGCCUCUGUCUUUUCUAGCAGUACCCCCCAAUAUAUCAUGUGUUUCAAUCAGACAAAUUUGUCUUUUGAGGCACAAGAAGUCUCCUCUCCUACCAAGGAUCCGAUUCAGCCUCAGCGGAGACGGAAGGUUAAUGGGGUUGAGGAUGAGAAUGGCGAAGAAGAGGACAUGAAUACAGAGCAGGAAAGGAAAGAGAAAAAUGCCGGAUGUUUAGCCCAGAGAGAAAUCUCCCCGCAGCCUUUAACAGAGUUUGAAGAUCCACAGGGCUCUCCGCUCUCGGUGUCUCCACAUAAGGUGAGGGAGGAGACGCCUGUGGAUGAAUCAAACACUGAUGGAGGUUCCUACAGAGAUCAGUCAGCUCCCUCGGCCUGUGCCCCCCCACCCUGUGGAGACGCUGCUGCCGCAGAGAGUGAGCAGGACCUGGGCGUCCUCUGCCAGACCAACGCACCCAUACUGACAUCAGCUGUAGCGGAGCACAGGCGGUCGGUGCGUCCGUCCCGCCGUACGCAGGGCUCCAGAAACCCUCUGAGAGCCCUGGCCGCCCGGGAGGACAUCCAGCAGGACUACAUGGGGGAGAGAGUGGACUCAGCGUCUGAGGAGAGCAACCAAUCAGAGAAGAAGUCCAAGAACCCGUCUGUGACAGAAUCAAAUCUUUCCAGAGCAGAAGACGUCCUCUCUUCCUCAGACACAACCAAGUCUUCUCCUCCCUUCAGCAGCCUCAUGCUCAUUCACAUCAAAGGUAGGCGGCAGGUCCAGGUGCGUCUGGUGGAGCCCUCAGCGCGCUCCCUGAACAGUGGAGACUGCUUCGUGCUGGUCGCCCCACAGCACUGCGUCCUGUGGAGCGGAGAGUUCGCCAAUGAACAUGAGAAAACCAAGGCUUCUGAGCUGGCAUCAUCCAUCCAGAGUCAGAGGGGUCUGGGCUGCCAGGCCUCCCAGGUGGUUCACCUGGAGGAGGGGGUAGACUGUGACGGCAGCCUGGCAAAAGACUUCUGGGGCCUUCUGGGAGGACGGACACAAUACAGAGGAGCCAGUGCAGAGGAGGAGGAUGAGCUCUAUGAGCGUGGGGUGGUGGAGUCGAACUGUGUGUACCGGCUGGUGGAGAACAGGCUGGUGCCUCAUGAGCAGGCCUGGGCCUCCAUCCCCAGUGUCUCCCUGCUGGGCUCCACUGAGGCCCUGGUGUUUGAUUUCGGCAGUGAGGUGUACCUGUGGCAUGGCCAGGAUGUCUCCCUCAGUAGGAGGAACGUUGCCUUCCAGCUGAGUCACCAGGUGUGGGUCGGUCCUUACGACUACAGCAACUGUGGAGUGAAUCCGCUGGAUCCCACGCAGUGUAACCCCAACACACCGCUGAGGGGAGAGGGGCGUCCCAGCUGGGCGUUGUUCGGUUGUGUCUCAGAGCACAGCGAGACUGCUCUGUUCAGGGAGAAGUUCCUGGACUGGACAGUCAGGAGUGGAGGCACGGAGGAAGCUGCUGCCGUGAGCCACAACACACAGCCUGUCCCAGUUCAGUCUUCCGAGUUAAUGCCCCCAUCCUCAGACGUCUUAAGUGCCUGUGAUGCCAAAGCCUUAGUGUCCGGUCAGUUACUAGAAGGGGAUGGCUUGGUCCAUAACGUGUUGGCUGGGGUUGACGUCCAGAGGGGGCACGGGGUCAUCAUGCUGGAGGAAGGAAGUCAGAUGGAGCUGAAGACAGUUGCUGUGGACACGUGGCACGUCCAGGAGUUUGAUGACAGCGAAGUUCCCGUGGAGAGUACCGGGCAGCUUCACGAAGGAGACUCAUACGUCAUCCGUUGGACGUACAGUAUCAACACUGUCGAUAAGAUGAACAGCGCUGAUGUGUUUAGUGGAGGUCACGAACAAAAAGAAAACACCGCCUUCUUCCUGUGGCGGGGCCGUCACUCCAGUGUCAGCGGACGGGACACCGCUGCUUUCCUGUCCAUUGGGACGAACAACCAAGGGGAGUCACAGGUGAGGCCUUCAGAAUACCAGCUUCACAGGGCCACAGAUGUCAUUAAGGCCACAGGGACGGUAAACCAGGCCGCUUCCUCCCUCCACAUCCAUCAGUCAAAAGGCACACGGCCCAACCUGUGA